AUGUUUGAACUUAUUUUUUUCAUUUUAUUCACCCCUGGAGUCAGUGUAUUUCUUUGUACGUCGUCAGAACUCGAAAUAUCAUAUACUUUCUGUGAUUCUACAGAUCAUGCUUUCAUGUUUAAUCUGACACCUUGCUACAUCAUGAACAGAUCCGUCUGGACAACUUAUCUCACCUGGAUUCCAAGAAGUGACAUCACCUUUUUGAAGAUCGUCUUCAACGUCUGGUUUGAUGGUGCCAAAGCGCUACACUGGAAAGAAGUCCUCUGCAGUGGACUCGACGAUGAAUACUCGGUGUGCGGAAAGCUGAAAGGAGAAACAAUUGCAGCAGCAUUUGACAUUAAAGGUGCAAGAAUAAAGUUCCCAAAGGGCAAUUACUCAAUUAUUUUACAAGGAUUCUCUGAUGAUUCUGAAAAUACUAUGAUCGUUUGCUUGAAUGUCACCAUGAUAGUAAAACAAGACCCUUUCUAA